AUGAAUGGUAAAUUUUAUCAAAGAUUUGGAAGAAUUUUUAAUAAUGAUAGGCAUUUAUAUUCAUCUAAAGAUUCAUCAUCAACUACUGGAACUCAAAUGUUUUACAAAUCUCAUCUAGACUAUAUACUUUAUGAAUUAAAUAAUUUCAUUUUAAGAAGGGUUGUUGCUGAAAGAAAUCCAAAUCCUAUGGAUGAAAUUAAUCAAUAUCUUGAGGAUCUUUAUGAUAAGAAUGGAAUGGGAAGUUAUAUAACAUUUGAUAAAUCACUUCCUGGAAUGGUAACACGUGUGGAGUUGUCACCUAAGGAACUUCUUCAAAAACCUAAAACUAUUAUAUAUUAUACAAUAAAUGAAGAAAUGAAUUUAAUAAAUUUUGACUCAGAAGAUUUUAAAAAAUGGUUUAGAAAUGAAAUUAUUUUACUUUUGGAUUUGAUAGAACUUUACAAAAAAAAUAAUAAAGUUUACACAAUGCCUAAAAGAGUUUAUUAUAUACGUAGAAGCCCAGUAAUAAGUAAUCAUUUAAGCAUUUUGGAACUUGAAAAUGAAUUAGACUUUUGUUAUAAGCGUGUUUUAUGCUUAUAUUCUUUGAUUACAACAGAUGUCAUUCGAAAUAAAGAUAAAAGAAAAGGACUAUUUAAGGAACUAAAUUUUGUCAAAGUUUUUCUAGAAGUUCUUACCUAUCAAAUGGAUCUUUCAAAUGUUAGAAUUAAUAAUUUUAUUGAAGAUUUCCUUAAUCAUUAUCCCAGUUCAUCUUUUGGUAUGGGACCUUCUAAACGCCUACAUGAUAUUGUUUGGACAUUGGAUGAUGAAUUUGCCAUUUUAGGUGAUAAUGUUGCAGAUAGUUUAAUUAAUUUACUUUGA